AUGAGGGGUGAUGAGAUGAGGGGUGAUGAAAUGAGGGGUGAUGAAAUGAGGGGUGAUGAGAUGAGGGGUGAUGAAUUGAGGGGUGAUGAAUUGAGGGGUGAUGAGAUGACGGGUGAUGAAAUGAGGGGUGAUGAGACGAGGGGUGAGGAGAUGAGGGGCGAUGAGAUGAGGGGUGAUGAGAUGAGGGGUGAUGAGAUGAGGGGUGAUGAGAUGAGGGGUGAUGAGAUGAGAAGACUGGGGCCCGAACCUCUGGGGCUGGGUGCCGAGCCUACAAGGCUGGGUCCCGAGCCAGAGGGGCUCGGCCCCCCCGAACCAGCCCCAUAA